GAAACGCUUACAGGAAAGACUAGAAAGGGAGUACAAUUUAAAUUUGAUUACAACCGCACCAAGUGUUGUGUACAAUAUUGAACGGCUUGACGGAGAAACUGUUGAAUGCUCGAAUCCUUCGGAACUCCCUGAAAAUCGCAAAUGUAUUUCGGAGCCUUAUGUGAAGAUUGAUCUGAUAACACCGAAAGAGUACAUUGGCACUCUGAUGGAGCUCGCACAAGAAAGGCGUGGAGAAUUCAGAGAGAUGAAUUAUAUCACUGAAAACCGUGCUUGUGUUGUUUAUGAUCUUCCUCUGGCUGAGAUGGUUGGAGAUUUCUUUGAUCAAUUGAAGUCACGUAGCAAGGGCUACGCGAGCAUGGAGUACUCCAUUACCGGAUAUCGCGUGAGUGAUCUUGUCAAACUUGAUAUACGAAUCAAUGGGGAGCCUGUGGAGCCGCUAUCGGCAAUCGUUCACAAAGAUAAGGCGUACACCAUAGGACGCGCUCUGACGGAGAAACUCAAAAGUUUGAUUCCCCGCCAGCUCUUCAAAAUACCAAUUCAGGCUUGCCUUGGGUCUAGAGUCAUUGCCAGUGAACAAAUCUCAGCCAUGCGCAAAGACGUGCUGGCCAAGUGCUACGGAGGAGACAUAACGAGGAAGAAGAAGCUGUUGAAGAAACAAGCCGAAGGCAAGAAACGAAUGAAAUCGGUGGGAAGAGUGGAGGUUCCCCAAGACGCGUUCAUGGCGGUGUUAAGGCUUGAGAAAGAUGUGGUUUAAUUGUAAGAGGUACAAUGAACAAGGUACUGGAAAGCCAGAAUGGCCUACACAAGCGUGCAUUCUAGCGGGCUAAUCUUCUGGGGGCACAGUAUUUUGCCGCAAUCUCCAAUAAGCUCUUUCUAAAGAACUUUAAACAGCGUUUGGCGCCAAUUUUAUAAAAUUAGGGUUAUUUUGCCCUAA